CUGACGAUCAGCUCAUCUGACUGUUUGUCUUACGCGGCUUAUCGAGCGAGUACCACCUUGAGGGAAACCUUUCAGUUCCAUCUUUCAAAAUGUUAGUAUAUAUAUGAGCUGUAAACUCCAUUUGCGUCUGCAUCCCACAGCUUCUUGUCGUUCAUUCUUUCACGACGCCAGCCUUCCUCUUGUUGUUAUCUAUUCACAAUGUCUUUAUACUCCUGUCUCUUCUCACUGACUUCGUUUUCGAUCCUUUUCGGUAUCGUCAAUGCUCAGACGAAUGGUAUUUCGCUCAGGGACAAGAUGGAAGAGAUGGAGCACAUCUGGGUUGACAAUGCAGGUAUUAACAGCGAUGGAUUUGUCAAUGCAGUGACACCAUGCUCUAAUUAUGUUGGAUUCGCCAGCGACGCAACUGAUCGGGGAGAGCAAAGUUCAGCACAAUGGGUUCGAGUUGCAUUUCAUGAUUUCGUUACCGGAAACUUAUCCACUGGGCUUGGAGGUCUUGAUGCAUCUGUUGGUUUCGAGGUUGCUCGUCCUGGAAAUGAAGGCCUGUUCAUCAACGAUACUUUACAAUUCAUGUUGCCAACUGUCACUGCAUACCUCAGCAUGAGUGAUAACAUCGCUUUGGGUGUGAUAGCAUCGGUUGCGGAAUGUGGAGGGACAUCGACUGGCAUACUUCCCAAAGUAGGUCGUAUCGAUGCCGAUGGAGCUGCUUCAGGGCUCGUCCCAGUCCCAGCAACAAGUCUAGAGAAUACUCUAGCACAGUUUGAGGCUGCUGGUUUCGACCAAUCGGAUACAAUUGCUUUAACUGCGUGCGGACAUUCACUUGGGCGUGUACACUAUUCGAACAAUCCAACCAUUGUCAACGAAAGCUAUGUCACUUCCACCAAUCUUGAUGGUGGAGAAGAAUUCGAUUCUACACCAGCUGUCUUUGACUCCACAGUUGUCAACGAAUAUCUUAACGGCACUGGUCAACGUGGCGGACCACUGGUUACCGCACCACUGGUAGCAGACCGAUCUGACCUUCGACUAUACGUCUCAGACGACAACGCUACCGUGGAGAGCAUAUCAGAGGAAUCAGCUUUCCAAACAAAAUGCACCAACCUCUUCCAACGCAUGAUCGACACAGUACCAGCUGCUGUCACGCUCUCCGACCCCAUCACCCCCAUGACAUGGAAAGCAGUCGAUCUUAUGCUCGAUAUAUCCACUGCUGGCGUCGUUUCCAUUUCUGGCUUGAUCAGAAAUCUGUACACCACAACCGCACCGCCCGACACCGUAUCCUACACCACCACUUCCUCUGGUACCAACUCAACCGCCCAGACCUCAUCCACCACAUCUGGAAACGGGACUUCGAUCUUCGGAUCCACCAUCUACUGGCCCUUCAACAAUACUCUCAACUCCCCAGGUACAACGUCUUUAAACUUCGAAACGAUCACCUAUCCCGUUGACGACACCCUCUUCAUACUCCCCUCACAAUCAACAGUAAAUAGCAGCACAAACGAGAUCGUCCUUCGAGCGGCCGCCUUGACAAGUUCGGCCUCUGGAACUACCAUGACCGGUGUAUUCUAUGUUCCGACAAGUCAAACGGGGACCAUCACAAAGAAGAUCACGAACACGACGCUGGAGAUGAGCUCCUAUGGGACGGCAGGGAAUUAUACGUUGUUUGAAGGGAGUGCGACGGUUAGUCAAUCGACGUCUAUCGUGGCAAAGGUCUUGCUGGGAGGUGUGGGGAGUCAGACUGUUAAGACGAAGAUUUUUGUUGGAGGUGUUUGAGUGUAAGUUGCUGAUAUGAGUCGAUGUAAUCGUGAUUUCUGUCAAUGACACGGAUCAUAUGAAAUUCAAAUGUCUGAUAUUCAGGUGGGACAUUGAACUAUCAAGGAGGUCCCCUCCUUAAAACUCGAAAAGUGUCCCAAGCUGCUUCCAGCAGCAUUAGACAUACAAGCAAG